UCUCUCUCUCUCUCUCUCUCUCUCUCUGAUUCCGCUGAGUUGCAUGCACGUUUCCAUGAAAACCAUGAUGGAGAAGCGUUGGACCUGGCACGAAGAGGGGGGGAGGGAGAGAGAGAGAUUGAUGCAUAAUUGGUUGGUCCCUUCAUAUGAUCUGUAUUGCCCAUUUCUUUUGUUGAUUGGGUGCUUCAUCUGGGCUUAUAUCAACCAAACUUGGGGUUCAAGAGCCAUUUUGGGAUCUGAUUUUGGGGGAAAGGUGGUAUUUUGGGGUGUUUUCAUUAGCCAAGUUUUGAUUUUGAUGGAUCAAAUGUUGGGUAUUUGGGCAUUGAUGGAUUGGGUGGUCGUUUUCUAUUACGAAAUGGUGUAAAAAUUGGGUUUUUGUUUGUGUAGUGGUUCUUUAUUUUGGAUAGAGGAAUUUUUUGCACUCCAGGUGUUUGCUUAUUUGCCCCUUCCAACUAAUUGUUGUUGUAAUGAGUGUUAGGAGAUGUGGGUUCCUCAACUUAGUGCAUAGAGAUUGGAUUUUGAUUGCUAAUCUAAGCAAUAGAGGCAUUGGUAGUUUCAUUCUUUAGUUGGUAAUUGAUUGUGGUAUGCUUUGAAAAGGAACAAAUUUGGGUCUUCUCUAGUGGAGAGAAGUUGAGGUUCAUGCAGUUUUGAGUUCUCUUUGAGAAUUUAGGUGCUAAUCUUGUGUGUGUAUUAGUUGAAGGGAAGGAGAUGGCCUCUGCGCUGCCUCCCGAUUCUUCUUCUUCUUCUUCUCCGCCUCCGCCCCCCGACUCUUCCUCUUCUUCGUCCUCUCCGCCUCCUGAUUCCUCUUCUUCUUCGUCCCCUCCGCCCCCCAAUUCUUCUCCUUCGUCCCCUCCGCCCCCCGAUUCUUCAUCUCUUCUGCCUCCUUUGACCUCUCCUCUAUCGACGGUGGUCUCACCGCCGCCACCGGAUUUGAAUUCCCCUCCACCUAUCGCCGCUUCUCCGCCGCCGCUCGUAGUACCGCCGCCGCCGCCUUCUUCUAGUCCCCCUCCUCCUACCACAUUGUCUUCUCCGCCACCUUCUUCAUCUCCUCCGCCACCUUCCGACGCCACCCCACCACCACCGAUAGUUUCGGCGCCCCCGCCAAUUAUUGCAUCCCCUCCGACACCUUCGGAUCUCCAAUCACCACCGCCGCCGCCGCCGCUGCCGCCACCGGCCACAAGUUUGCCUCCGCCACAAUCCUCUCCUUCACCUCCUUCUAUCCCCUCGCCGCCGCCCCCUUCGCUCCCUCCUCCCCCGCCAAUUUCAACCAACUCGUCCGUGCCGUCCAAGCUUUCUCCUCCUGGUUUACUAUAUCCUCCUCCUCGUCCUCCUCCUCCCAGUGAUCCGGCAACUGCAACUAACCCAAGUUCGAACAAGCCGUCGAAUUCAAAUGUCGAUUCCGGAGGGAGCAGCCCCUCGAGUGGCGGGCUUAGUCCCGGAGCUUCUGCAUCUAUUGCCGUCGUGAUGUGUUUUCUCAUACUUAGUUUGGUAGGAGUGGCUGUGUGGUUUGUGAAGAAGCGGAGAAAGCCAAAUGACGGUUAUCAUCCAGGGUUCGUGACGCCUUCGCCUUAUGCUUCCUCAGACAUGUCGGGGUAUUCGAAAGGAGAAACACCACUUCGAUCCCCCUCGGUUGGAUACAGCAACUACAGCAUCGGAAGUAGAGGAUUCGGUAGUCAACGUAUCCAGUCGUCGGUGACCGACCUAAGCGUGGGCAAUACAAAGUGCUUUCCCUACGAGGAGUUGUAUCAGAUAACCAAUGGCUUAUCGCGCCAGAACCUCUUAGGGGAAGGCGGUUUUGGCUGUGUGUUCAAGGGUUGCUUAUCCGACGGGAGAGAGGUGGCCGUGAAGCAGCUAAAAGAUGGAGGUGGACAAGGGGAGCGCGAGUUCCAAGCCGAGGUUGAGAUCAUAAGCCGUGUACACCACCGGCACUUGGUAUCUCUUGUAGGGUAUUGCAUAGCCGAGAACCAGAGAUUGCUCGUCUAUGACUACGUGCCUAAUAACACGCUUCAUUAUCAUCUUUACGCGCCAGGAAGGCCGGUGAUGGGAUGGGGAAUUAGGGUUAAGGUUGCGGCAGGCUCAGCGCGCGGAAUAGCUUAUCUACAUGAGGAUUGUCACCCACGGAUUAUUCACAGGGACAUAAAGUCCUCCAAUAUUUUACUGGAUAAUAACUUUGAAGCUCAGGUAGCUGAUUUUGGGCUUGCGAGGUUGGCCGAUACUAAUGUCACGCACAUAUCUACGCGCGUGAUGGGGACGUUUGGGUACUUGGCUCCGGAGUAUGCGUCGUCUGGGAAACUGACGGAAAGAUCCGAUGUAUUUUCUUUCGGAGUUGUGCUCUUAGAGCUUAUUACUGGACGGAAACCCGUUGACGCAUCCCGUCCUUUGGGUGAUGAGAGCCUUGUUGAGUGGGCAAGGCCGCUACUGAACGAAGCACUCGAGAGCGGAAAAUUCGAAGAGUUAGUCGACCCGAGGCUUCAAAAGAACUACAACGAAGUCGAGAUGUUCCGCAUGAUCGAAGCGGCCGCGGCGUGCAUUCGCCAUUCGGCUUCGAGGAGGCCCAAAAUGAGCCAAGUGGUGAGGGUUCUCGACAGCUUAGUCGAAGUCGAUAUAAACAACGGCGUUCAGCCCGGGAAGAGCGAGAUGUUCAACGUCGCGAACACGGCUGACAUCAGAAUGUUUCAGCGGAUUGCGUUCGGUAGCCAGGAGUUCAGCUCGGAUUACAGCCAAUCUAGCCUGGCAGCGAGUCGAAGAGAAUUUUGAACAUGCUUGUAUUUGUUUUUCGCGCCUUUUGUGUUAUUGGUCUUUGUCUUUGUCAAGAGAAAAGAAAAAAAAAACAGAGGAUUAUAUACGGGUCUUUAAUUUCGUGAUUCCUGUUUUUGUGGAAUUUUUUUUAUGUCAUUUUCAAGUAAAUUGAAGUGCUACAAACUUGGCAUAUAAA